GUCGGAUUGGAUAUCCGGUCCGUGACCCUGGCGAGUCCUUCUCGGCCAGUGAGGUGGAGUCGCGCUCGCUGAAGUAGCGGACACCAGACAUGGGGUGGGGGGACGAGAAGAGGUCGCGGGACGGCGGGGAUCCCAAGCAGGAAGACGAUGAGGAAAAAGAAUUGGUGGACCCCCUGGACACUGUGAGAGAGUACUGUGAACAAAUGGAGAAGUGCAUGAAGGCCCGGGAGAAGCUGGAGCUGUGUGCUGACCGUGUGAAUUCCCGGUCCCACACUGAGGAAGACUGUACUGAAGAGCUCUUUGACUUUCUGCAUGCCCGAGACCAUUGUGUGAGUCACCACGAGUUGUCAUCUCUGAGGCUGCUGCCCCUAAGGCCUAGCCAGAGCAGGCCCCAUCCAAGUGAGGAUCCCCAAGGUCCUGAGGCAACAUCUACAGGCCCAGACAAUAGAGUGCUGAGAUCCAGACAGCUCCUGUGACCUCUUCCUCUGUAAAAUGGGAGGGUUUAACCCAGGAGCCUCCCCUCCUCAGACUUUAGACCUAAGAACUUCCCUUGGAAUCCUGGGUAACUAGGAGCCAUUGGGAGCUCAGGAGAUGCCUGCAGAGUUGCCUGGUGAGGUGGUGAACAGAAAGAAUCAGAUAGCACGUGAUGGGUCCUAAAUGCUAAGUCCUUGGAGAGAGUGCUACAAGGUGGUUCAGAGGUUAGAGAAUUUGACUAGGAGCCAGGAAGACCUGCCCGAGUUUGAAUAUGGUCUCAAAACUGCUAGUUAUGUGACCCUGGGCUAGUCCCUUGCCCUCUGAGCUUCAGUGUUCUCAUCUGUCAAAUGGUGAUCACUGACACCUAUGGCUCACCUGAUCCUUUUUUUCCUUCUAGGUGGCUCACUCACUCUUCGAAAAUGUGAAAUGAAUAUCUGCAUGCACCUGCCAUCUGCUCCAGGCUUUGCCCCUUUGUGGGGCAUGUCAUUGGCAUAAUUUCUCAUUCCCCUGGAUCUCAAAUGCUAUUGUACCAUAUGUCCUAUUACCACAAGAGGUUUUUGGGCUUGGGCCAGGGACUCGUGUGACUCAGAGCAACUGCAAUGGAAUAAACCCAGUCAUCUGUGGAA